AUGAUCGUCUCUAAGAUCCAGUUAAGAUUAAAAAAGGAGUGAGGCAGGGUGGAAAGCUCAUCUCCCAUAUGCUUCAACCUAAUUCCCAACGAGCUAGCCUGAACGAUAGAUGCAACUGAUAUUGGAGUAACGCUAGAACCUGGGUCAAAAAAACUGGGAUUACUGAUGUAUGCAGAUGACAUAGUGCUAUUUGCUAACACUGCAUAUCAACUGCAGGAUCUUGUAGACAUAUGCAACACCUGAGCCAACAGAUAUUCCCUUAAGAUAAACCUACAUAAAUCAGUAGUUGUGGAUUACUCAGCAAGACCUACCAAGUUGGAUGUAGUGAUUGAAGGAAAGCAGCUAGAACAAGUAACGCAGUACAGGUACUUAGGGAAGGUAAUUGGUACAACUAGAGUUGGGGCUGCACAUGCCAAAGCUGCACUGGAGAGAGUGAGAUCAGCUGGUAGAGCUACAAGAGUCAUCCUCAACAGCGUCAAAUGUAUGCCGAUCAUAAAAAGAUCUAUAAUAGCUGAAGCGUGCAUCACAACUGUGGCCACAUAUGCUAGCGAGUGUGCACAGCAUGAAUGAAACGGCGCAUCUCUGAAAUGCGCUGAAAUCGAAAGAGUAAGGCUUGCUAGGAUGAUACUGCAUGCACCUGCAGGCAUAGCUAGAGAAACGUCAAUGCUGGACAUGGGAUGGAUUACACUUGCAAACCACAUGAGGACGAGGUUGCUCAGAUUCAGAAAAAGAGUUUACAAUAUGAACGACCAACUUGCAGUAAUAAUGAGGGACAUAAAUGCAAAAGAAUUGCUGCCGUGGGAAAAGAGGUGCAAAGACACCCUCACACUGCUGAACCUGAAGGAAUAUCAGGACAAUACAAAAUUGCAAACAACUGAUACAAAAGAAUGGCAAUCAAUUGUUGCAGUUGCGGCGAGAGAAUUGAACUUGGAGGAAUCCUUGCAUAGAUUGAAAAAUGAACGGAAAAACUACAAGACUAUAUUGCCAACUUAUGGUCGACGGAGUUAG